CAGAGACGAACAGAACGGGACCCCUUCUAAACGUAGAUCUAAAGUCUCAUGGGCUUCACUGAGGGAUGAUUCUUCAAAUUCAGGCGAUAAUGAACCGGAUUCAAUAACGGCCCCUUUAGAUACUGAUAUAGAUGAUAGUGAACACCUGACGAGGAAACACAACGGGAGUCAUCGCCGAUCCACCUCAGAAGAUAAUCUGGAGGAAGAGAGCAGAGAUGGAGCUUCAGAUGAAGAUGAAACAAUCGAUUCAGAGGCUGAGUCAGAGAGUCUGCUGCCUCCUUUCUCACAGCCACUUCCUGCCUCUCAGGCUGACUUCUCCACUCAGACAUCUCCGGUGAUCCCUCCCAGUGAAGUUCAGUGUAAGACGGAGGGACCGACACAGACAGACGAUGGAGGAAGCCUGCACAUGAAUAAGGAACUGGAGUUGUGGUGCUGUGUAAUCUGUGGUGUCAGUCCCGAGGGGGGUCCUGUUGACAGUCCAUCUGAUCCACACACUGCUGGACCCUCUCCCUCUGCUCUCACUGAUGCUGGCAGCUCAGCCUGCGUGACCCUCCCCACUUCCUGUUCCCCUCCUGUGGCCCCUCCCUCUCCUGUGGCCCCUCCCCCAGACCCCUCCCCCAGCGGGGCCUCCAGCAGGUUCUGGAGGAGCUGUAAUGCUGCCGGCUGCACGAAGAACAUCUUCAGAGGUUUCUAUAAGGAGAUGAGCGACCUCUCCGACAGGAUUCAGGCAGAGCAGGCCAGCCAGGAGGAUUAUGAUCUGGCGUUAACAGUGAUGAGGGCUUCUGGGAAACUGUUAGAGCUUGUGGGCAAUCAGCAGGAAGAGUUACAACGGAAGCAAAGGGAGCUUCAGGAGGCAGCGGAAGCGAUGGAGGAGGCCGUCUCAGCGCUGAAGAGAGAUGAGAAGCAGCUGUCACAGUCACACCCACAUCACAGUUAACUGUAGACAAUGGUAAAGGGCUGGAUGUGGAACUACAAAACUGCAUCAAUAUAAGCAUCGAUAAAUUCACAAAAUAGUAACAAAUUCGACCCAAAUACAUUUUUAUUGAUCCAAAUAAUGGGUUUCAUUUUAAAACCUUUUAUUAAAAUGGAAAGAGAAAUUAUCUUAAAGAAGUUCCACAUCCAACACGAGCAACUGACCCAAGUUUUGAAGAGUUUUUAAAUUUUAAAAAUAACUAUUUUGCAAAGAAAUGUGCAUUUAAGUUUGAUCCUUUUUAUGACGUGAAGCUGACAUAUAUUAGACAUACGAUAUUAUACACGUGUGCAAUGUUUAAAAUGUUUAUUAUACCGUAUGUGAAUGUCCGAUGUUGUUCAAUUUUAAUAAAAAGUUGCUUCUCAAAAGGUGCAAGAAGAAGAGAAGUAGUCCAAAGAUGUUUUUUAUAUAACUGUGUGUAAGUUUUUGAGUUUUUACCUCUAAUAAUGUCAUUGCUGUGAAAAGGAUGGAUGCAUUUAUUUUAGUAUAGAUAUUGUUCAAAUUGGUACUCAAACACAGAAGAGCUGAAAUAGUUCUACAGUUAGAGGUUGAGUAUUUGUGGAGUCAGACAUGUUUACAUUAUUGAUGUUCAAUCAGUCGUCUUGUUCAGGGUUACAUUCAUCAACUGUUGCAGAGUAAAGCUGAUCGUCUUCA